AUGCACCUUCAUCUAGGCCGUCUCCUCGCUGGCGGAGACGGGACAGACGUCACUUUCGAGGUCGCCGGGGAAACCGUCGCUGCGCACAGUUACAUACUCGCUGCCCGGUCCCCGGUCUUCAUGGCACAGCUCUUUGGCCCAAUGAAGGAAAAGAGUAUGGCUUGCGUGCGGAUCGAGGACAUGGAAGCAAGGGUGUUCAGAGCCCUGCUCCACUUCGUCUACUCCGACUCGCUGCCUGAGAUAGAACAUGACGAUGACAACAACUACGAUGAAGAAGAAGAUGUUGAUGAUAAGAUUGCCGUGGUUCAGCACCUACUCGUCGCGGCAGAUAGAUAUGGCUUAGACAGGCUUAAGCUGCUAUCAGAGCACAAGCUUUGCAGCUGCAUUGACACGAGCAACGUUGGAACUGUAUUGGCAUUGGCCGAGCAACAUGGUUGCAAUGGGCUUAAGAAGGCAUGUUUCAAGUUCCUCAUGUUGGGUAGCAAUCUGAAGGAAGCCGUAGCAACCGAUGGCUUUCAGCAUCUGGGAGAUAGAUGUCCAUCCAUCCUCAGAGAGCUCCUCGCUCUUUGA